AUGUCUGAAUCAAAGGAUUGUGAUAAUGAGAGUUGCUCUGCUCUCGAGGUGCCAGAUUUCAAGAAUGCUUUAAAGCAGUUCCAGAAACUAGUUGAAAGAAUAGUAAUCCAGAAGAAAAAGGAAAGAUUAGGCUGGUACACUAAAGAUGAUGAUGAGAUAGAUUAUGAUGAGUUCUAUAGAACCACACAGACACUUUUUGGUCCAGAAGUCAAGGAGCAUAACGUUAAGGCCUUUUUCAUGAAAGUAAGCAACAAUCCUGAUGCAAGGACAGAAUGGUGUGAGAUUUUUGGCUAUUUCAUAGGAGGAAAAGGUGCUACGCCUUCCCAUUUCAAAGAAGAAAACACAGUUUUCCUUACAUCCGAAAAACAGCAGAUUACUUAUCCAGUUGUUAAGGAACGAGAUAUGAUUACAAGUAUAGUGAAGGUGCCCCAUCUGGAUUUCACUGUAACAUCCUCUCAGAAAGGAGUGCUAACUAUUUUUAACAAGAAGAUGAAAGUUCUGGCAACCACCAGUGUUAAAGAUACUGCUUGGAUGAAUGGAUGUGAUUUCCUAACUCAGCUGAAAUGUGUUGUGGCUGUAACUGAAAGGACAAUCAUCGUCUGGGACUAUACCUCAGUAGGGAAAAAGGGUAAUUACUUCAACAUCAAACCAAUGGAAAACAGUCUGCUCUGUGUUUGCACGGCAACUAUGUCUGAUCAAGUGGGUGAGGACAGUAUCCUAAUGGGAGAUGACAAAGGCUAUGUUUACUUACUUAAAGUGACCAGUGAUCACCUUGGAUUGAAGCAAUGUAAAGGUAAAAAAGAAUCUCAACUUCAGAUCUUGGAUUCCAAAGAUUUUAACAUUGUUAAACGCAAGCUUCAUGCUGACUGGGUUUUGAAAGUUAAAUAUAUUUCUGACCUAAAUUGUUUUGGAUCCUGCUCCUCGGACAGCAUUCAUUCAUUUGUUUUAGAUGACAUAAAGCGACUAGAGGACAACUUACCUGUAAAAGAAUUUUCUGUUCCUAGAGGAGUCAAUGCCUUCACGUACUGUGGAAAAGCAAAGGUCAUUGUCACUGGGGGUCAUGACAAACUCCUUCGUUUGUGGCAUCCCUAUGUUAAUACUAGGCCUUCAGGAAAGCUGUCUGGACAUCAGCACAGUAUUGUGGAAAUUGUGACGAAUGAAAAAGAUCAGCAUGUCAUCAGCCUUUCAUUUGCAAAGGUUUUUAUAGUUUGGGAUCUACAGACCCUUUCAAUGCUGCAGAUCUUCCAAGAUCAAGGGUGUCCGAGAGCGAUUGAGACCCUUGCCAUGGUAUUUGACAAUGCUUGUGGCACACUUAUCACAGGUUCAACUGUCAUUGAUAUUUAUCCGCUAACGCACAUGAUACAAGAUACAAAACAGGUCCCAAAAACACAUGAGAAAAGCAUAAAUGUUCUGGCUUAUAACAGGGCUUUUAACCAAAUCCUCACUGUCUGCUCUGAGUCAAUUCUGAAGGUGUGGGACCUAGAAACAGGAUAUCAAAUAUACCAGAUUGAAGAUGCACAUGGACUGAAUAUUGAAGUGACCUGUGCAGCAAUUGAAAUAAAUGGUUUCUAUCUUGCUUCUGGAGCUUGUGAUGGAACAGUGAAAAUUUGGAAUUUUGGCAGUGGACAGGAAGUUAAAGCCUUGCCUUUGACCCAACAUAGCAAAAAUGAACACUGCCUGUUGAAGUUAGUCUAUCUGAAGGCUACUGAGAGUCAACAUGUUCUUCUUGUUUUGGAACAGAGUGGGAAAAUGAAAAUCAUUCAGGGUAAUGAAAUGCAAAGAUAUCUAAAGGUUACAUGGGUGCUUCCUGAGGCAGUGUUGUUUCUACAAAGAAAUUCAGUUGAAUUUCUGUCACUGAAUCCAGACACUUUACAAAAACAUGAAUUUUUUCCUGAUAUACAGCUACCACCUGAUACCAGUUCUCUAAGCAGUGAUGCAGAGGGAUUUGUGCCUUCUGUGGAAAUGAAGUGCUUUGAUGUUUUAAAAGUAGAAGGACAUAGCUUGAUAACUACAGGAAGUAAAAAUGGUGCAAUAAUUGUGUGGGAUUUUGAAUCUGCUUCUGUCAAAUACAUGUGUAAACUUAAUGAGAACAGCCAGGCUUCAGUUCCUCAAGCAUCAGGAGUCAAUGCUGUGUUAUUCCUCGUGCAUAGUGCUUCCUCUUCCAGGAAAAUUAGCUCUCUAUCCUCUACUGCUGUUGUGAGUAGUGAUAUUGACACUGACAGAGAUAUUGAUGAUCUCCCAGAGCACAAGAACAGCCAUUUGAACCAAAAUAAGGAAAAUGCAAGAAGUGAUGAAAACAGUACUCGGAUAACAGCAGCAGAAGACGCACUUAAGUAUAAGUAUAUCCAGUACUCAAAGACAAAUGCACAGUUACCCAGGGAUGUAGGAAGAUGCACACCAAUACUGGCUUCUGCUCAUGAAAACGGCUGCAUCUACUUAUGGAGUAUUCAGGGGAAUUUACUGAAAGAAAUUUUGCCAUUUUCAAAAUAUCAUCCAGUUCCUCUAACAGCAAUAUGUACAGACAUCUCUACUAAAAUGCUUCUGGCAGGCAGUAAGGAAGGACAUAUUAUGUGCUGGAGCAUUGUCUCAUUCUUAGAAGAUCCACAAAACAGUAAGAAUCAAAUAAAGGAGGAGCUCUGUUGGAUGGCACACUCUGCUGAAGUCAUUGACUUAUUUUAUGAAGAGCAGAAAAAUGUGGUAGUAACAGCAUCUGUUGAUGGUUCAGUCAGACUCUGGCAUGCUAUGAAUGGAUGCUAUCUUGGUUACUUUGGACAGCCCAGGAAAUUUGAAUUAUCAGAUCUCAGUCGAUUGAUUUUGCCUUGUGAUGUUAAAGAUGUUCCUAUAAUACUGAAAGAGGAAAGCAAGCAUAUGGAAAAGAAGAGCAUACCGGACAAAGACAAGUGGAAAUCAACUAAAUCACCUUCAAUUUUAAAAAAAGAUAAACAUAUAAACACAAUUCAGGACUUGAAGUUUUUCAAAGCUCUGGCUUCUCCAAAGCUUCCUAGACAACCUGUGGAGAGCAUUGAGUCAGGAAGCAAAGUGACUGGUGCAGUAUUUGGGCAUCUUCCUAUAUAUGAGCUUAAGAAGCUAGCUGAAGAGAGCAUCCUUCAGAAUCCUCAAUGGAACAAACCUGAGAUGUCCACUCUAACUGAACUGACAGUGGAGAAAGAGCUCAGUGAAGAACAGAAUCAAGACUAGUAAACAUUAUGUUCAUCUUAAGGCAAGUAGUUUAGCAGGUUCCCUGAGCACAUAGAAAUAAAAUCUUUAUAUCCAUCCCAGUUCUUCAAGCAGCAAAAAAAAUUUUAACAUAAUUAUAACAAGACGCUUACAG